CUUCCUCUCCAGUCUUUACCUCCCAAACUGUGGCUUCAAAUCAAACAAUGAAAAGGAAACACACUUGCGCCACUCUCUCUUCAAGACUUCAACAGUCCCUCACUUCCCCUAAAAGCAAGUAAAUAACCAUCAUGCCGCUAACCUCCACUCCCGCUCGCUUAACUCUCCUUGCUCUCCUCUCCGCCACCACAAUCUACUGCUUCUACAAAUCUCGCCGCCUCAAAAAAAUCUCCCUAAACCCUAACCCUAACAAACCCAAACUCUUCUUCAUCUCCCAAACUGGCACUUCCAAAACCCUAGCUCAUCGUCUCCACAAUCUCCUAGCCUCAAACAAUCUCCAUUUUGACCUCAUCGACCCUCAGAAUUACGAGCCUGAGGACCUCUUCAAAGAAAAAUUGGUCAUAAUUAUCGCUUCCACUUGGGAAGAUGGUAAACCGCCUCAAAAUGCCAAAUUCUUCGCGAAUUGGCUUGCCGAAAGCGCUGACGACUUUCGUGUCGGUUCGUUGAUGCUCUCGGAAUGUAAGUUCGCGGUUUUUGGUGUAGGAAGUAGAGCUUAUGGCGAGACAUUUAAUGCUGUGGCUAAAGAUUUUUCGCGGCGGUUGAGGGAUUUGGGAGCGAAGGAGGUUGUGGGAGUUGGGGAGGGUGAUGUGGAUGGUGGUGAAUUGGAUGGGGUUUUUGAGGAGUGGAGUGGGAGAUUAGCUAGGGUUUUGAAAGGAGAGAGUGUGGAGAAUGGAGAGGUUUGUGGAAAUGGAGUGGUUGUUAUUGAUGAGAGCGAUGACGAUGAGGACGAUGGUGGGGUGGAAUCGGACAUUAUUGAUCUUGAAGAUAUUGCGGGUAAAGGGCCGUCAAGGAGGUCACUUGCCGUGGCUCAAAGUAAUGGGAAAUUAAAUGGAGAGAAUGGGAAAUUGAAUGGUCAAAAAGAAAUGGUGACUCCGGUGAUCAGAGCAAGCUUAGAAAAGCAGGGAUACAAAAUCAUUGGUUCGCAUAGUGGUGUUAAGAUUUGUAGAUGGACCAAAUCACAACUUAGAGGGCGAGGAGGUUGCUACAAGCACUCUUUUUAUGGAAUCGAAAGUCAUAGGUGCAUGGAGGCAACUCCUAGUUUGGCAUGCGCCAACAAAUGUGUUUUCUGUUGGAGACAUCACACAAAUCCUGUAGGAAAGAGUUGGCAGUGGAAAAUGGAUGAUCCUCUGGAGAUUGUGAAUUCUGCCAUUGAUCUGCAUACAAAGAUGAUUAAGCAAAUGAAAGGAGUUCCUGGUGUUACUCUUGAGCGAUUGAAUGAAGGUCUCUCUCCCAGGCAUUGUGCUUUAUCACUUGUUGGUGAACCUAUUAUGUAUCCAGAGAUUAAUACACUAGUGGAUGAGCUGCACCGAAGGCAGAUAUCCACAUUUCUAGUAACAAAUGCACAGUUCCCUGAGAAGAUUCUAAUGCUGAAGCCUGUAACCCAGUUAUAUGUCAGUGUAGAUGCUGCAACAAAGGAAAGCCUGAAGGCAAUUGAUAGACCACUUUUUGGUGAUUUUUGGGAGCGAUUUAUUGAUUCUUUGAAAUCCCUCAAGGAGAAGCAACAACGGACUGUUUAUCGUCUGACACUGGUUAAAGGGUGGAACACAGAGGAUUUAGAUGCUUAUUUUAACCUCUUUAGCGUUGGACAGCCUGAUUUCAUUGAAAUUAAAGGCGUUACCUACUGUGGAUCGUCCGCCACAUCAAAGUUGACGAUGGAGAAUGUGCCUUGGCAUUCUGAUGUGAAAGCUUUCUCAGAGGCCAUGGCUCUUAAAAGCAAAGGGGAAUAUGAGGUUGCUUGUGAGCAUGUCCACUCAUGUUGUGUCCUUUUGGCAAAAACUGAGAAGUUCAAAGUUGAUGGCCAAUGGUUCACUUGGAUAGAUUAUGACAAGUUCCAUGAUCUGGUUGCUUCUGGUAAACCUUUCGAUAGCAAGGACUACAUGGCUGCCACACCAUCUUGGGCUGUUUAUGGAGCUGACGAAGGUGGAUUUGAUCCGGAUCAAUCUCGGUAUAGGAAAGAGCGACAUCAUAAAACCAACCACUGAUCAACCAGGUUGAAGAAUUUCGUGACUCUUAAGUUGGGCAAUUCCUCGUAUUUACUAAAGCAUUUCUUUUAUUUCAACUUUUUCCUUGCAUUCUGCCACCAAAAAUGCUCGCCUCUGUUUUUACCUUGUUCGUGGCUUCUCCGCCCCGUCAGAGUCAGUGAUGGAGAGAGAAAGAUUUUAGAUAUAUCGUUGCCUGCAUGUCUAGGAAGUGGUUCUUAACCACGUGAAGUUCAACAACAUGAUUUUAUUAUCUAAGUGCUUUCUGUCAAACAAAGUUGUAAGAUGUGAUUUAUAUUAUUUUUUAAUAUAUUUUUUUAAGUGAAAA